UUAGAAUUCUAACCCUUCCCGAGUUCCAUCCUCAGUCAUCUCAACCCUCACACCCUACCGACCGGCCACCUACGGCUGCCAUCACCUCCAGCAUCCGACAAUGACACACACCAACGACGACCGGCGAGCUUUCAGAGGCGAAAAGAGUCACCCUCACCAGCACUUGCAGCGGCAUCCGACGGUGAAAAGAUUCACCAGCAUUUGCAGCGGUGAAUGGCGAGUUUGCAGCGGCACUCGGCAGCGGCACUUGGUACUCAGCAUUGGGCAUUGGCGAGCAAUCCCACUGUCAACUUCUUGGAGCAGCACUUGCAGGCUUGCAACGGCAACUUGCCUGCGACCAAGCCCGACUACCCGAACCCACUAGGGAACUUGAUUAGGUUAACUUUUUGGUUGUCAAAUUCAGUUGUUUUAAGGGCAAUUAUUAGCCAGGUUGUUGGGGAAUCUCAACUAUCAAUUUGUGCUGAUCCCCAAAUUGAAGCUAAUGGUGGUAAAAUGGGAAACGAAAAGAAAUCUUCCCCAUUAAAAUGGAAUGAAAGUUCUCUGAACAAGAAAGAGAAGUUUGUUUUUUUUUUUUCUAAUGAUUUUGAUGACUGGGAGGAUCCGCAUACAUUUGUAACUGCACUGGAAAAGGUUGAAGCCUGGAUUUUCUCCCGAAUAAUUGAAUCUGUGUGGUGGCAGGUGAUGGAGCAAUGCAUGAAUAGAUUAGAUGUGGCCAUGUUUAAUGCUAUUCUUCGUGAAUCAGCUGAUGAGAUUCCAACAGAUCCUGUCUCUGACCCCAUUAGUGAUUCCAAAGUUCUUCCUACCCCAGUUGGAAAAUCAAGCUUUGGUAAUGGUGCACAACUGAAAAAUGCUGUUUGGUGCGCCCAAGUAUCAGCCAUCCAUCUUUGUAUCUACUCAGUCCUUCACCGUCGAAAUAAGAAGGACGACAACCCGGGGACAGCCACCACGGCAUUUGCAUUGAAGUAGAGGACUGUAGUAGGGGAACUUCAACGACCGAAGACGCUCUGUUUCACAUCAAUUGCAGUGGCGAGCAUAGACGAUGGGGGUGAACAAUAAAAAUUGCAUUUGGUAAGGGCUUUCUAAUGUUGUCUUCGAUGAGACUGUAGUUAUUAAACGAGAAGCUAGGCUGUUGUAGUUUUCAAACGUAUAAGAGGCGACUUGUUUGACAUUCAUUAUGCUCUACUCGAGCUUGGAAAGACAACAGUGUUGGAGGGGAAGGCAUCGUUGGAAAGCUUGAAGGAAGGACAACCGAAAUGAGAGGAGAUUAUUUUUAUUCAACAGCGGAAAUGACUAAAUGAACCAAUAGAAGGGGAUAGUUGCAGAUUGUAGCAACGGUGAAAAACGAAGAAAACAAGGAAAAGAACUAGGAACGGGAGCUUGCGGUGAUUGGUAGAUGUUCUAUGUUUAGGAUGAUGGUGCUCUAUUUACAGUAUUGUUUCAACAGCAGAAGUGGGAAGAUGGACUGGAGUGGGGAGAAAGAAGAAUGAGGAGAAAAAAAAGGGAUGAACUGGUUCGAUGGUGUUCUGUUCAAUGUUGAUGGUUGAUUUGGGGUGUUGGAUGGUGAGAAAGUGAGAGGGAGGGAUUAUGUGAGAGAGAGAGGGGGGGGGGAGGAGGAGGGAGAAGUGAAGAAGAUGGAGGAGAUGGUUCACCACUGCUUCCACUUUGUCACCGCCGUGUCGAGGUUGAAGACAGUGAACAAGGGAGGUCUGUUCUAGAGUGAGUCCCMACAUAAGGAGAUCACCACCUUGGCAACUGGAACAUACUCUGACACAGAAACCAGAGAAGAUGCAGUGACGGUGGUGCCGGGUUUCUGAACGAGGAAACCGGGACUGGAACCAUUAUUUUCUCGUGCUCUCACUGUCACUCACUCAAACCUUUCUCUGUUAAGAAACAAAAGAGCAUCCGCUUUCUACUCUUGUGAUAUUCCAACUCCAAAUAAGAGCCAACUCAGGUAAGGAUGUAUCAAAUUAUCAAUUAUCCUGC